AAAUUACACGAUGAGGCGAAAAGCAGGCGUUGGCGCGAUUCAAAAACAAAAACUGGAGCAAGAAAAAUAUAAGGAUAAGGGAACAGAAAUUCAAGAAAACCAGUUUGAGCAAAUGACAAAACAAAUGGAAACUUUUCGCGUCAAUCUGGAGGAAUUUGCAACGAAGCAUAAAAAUGAAAUUAAAAAGAAUGCACGAUUUCGACGACAGUUUACCGAGAUGUGUGCAUCCAUCGGCGUAGAUCCUUUAGCUUCUGGAAAAGGUUUUUGGUCGGUCCUUGGCAUAGGAGACUUUUACUAUGAACUCGCUGUGCAGAUCGUUGAAGUUUGCAUGGCUACAAAUUAUAAAACUGGUGGCUUGAUAUCAUUGGAUGAACUUAGAACAAGAUUGAUUCAAGCCAGAGGUCGUAGAAAAGAACAUCAAGAAAUAACAAACGAAGAUUUAUUAGCUGCAGCUAAGAAAUUACGAAUCUUUGGAAGUGGAUUUUCAGUUGUCUCGAUUGGUAGGGGUAAAUACUUGGUACAGUCUGUUCCAGGCGAACUAAGCAUGGAUCAUACUGCUGUAUUGCAACAAACUAGUUUAUCCGGUAAUGCAUAUGUUUCAAAAUCUAUGCUCUGCAAAGAUUUACGAUGGGAAUUAGAUCGUGCUCAAAAAGCCUUGGAUCACAUGGUAAAAGAAGGACUGGCAUGGUUAGAUGAACAAGGUGAAAAUGAAAUAUUAUAUUGGUUUCCAAGUUUAUUUACAGCGUGUAUUGUAUCCAAAGAAUAAGCAGAAUAUUCAAUGCAACAUCAAUAGAUAGGCAAUGUUUAAAAAAAAAAACAGAAAAUGUAUCUGUAGUGAAAAAUGUAUUUUUAAUGUGAAUAAAUUUACAUACUCUUAUAAU